AUGCAAUUAGCCAAACUCCUCCACUACAAAGGCUUCCACAUAACCUUUGUGAACACAGAGUACAACCACAAACGCCUCCUUAAAUCUCGAGGUCCCGACGCUCUUAACGGCCUCCCCACGUUUCGAUUCGAAACCAUUCCCGAUGGCCUCCCUCCAACCGAUGCCAAUGCCACCCAAGACAUACCAUCCUUAUGUGAUUCCACUAGCAAACACUCCUUGCCUCACUUCAGAGAUCUUCUCUCCAAGCUCAAUUCUUCUCCCGAUUCGCCACGUGUCACCUGCGUAAUCACUGAUGGUGUUAUGAGUUUCACUCUUGAUGCAGCUCAGGAAAUUGGUGUUCCCGCAGUUUUUUUCUGGACACCUAGUGCUUGUGGUUUCAUGGGCUACGUUCAGUUUCAUCAACUCAUAGAAAAAGGUCUCACUCCUUUUAAAGAUGCCAGUUAUUUUACAAACGGGCAUUUAAAUACUGAGCUAGAUUGGGUACCAGGCAUGAGGAACAUCCGUUUGAAGGACUUCCCAACCUUCAUGAGAACCACAGAGCCGGAUGACAUCAUGCUGAAUUUUCUGGUGGGUGAAACAGAGAGAACUAAGAAAGCUUCCGCCGUCAUUCUGAACACAUUUCAUGACUUGGAACAUGAAGUCAUAGACGCACUUUCAACUUUGCUUCCGCCUGUUUACUCCAUUGGACCCCUAAACCUACAACUCAAACAGAUCCCAGCAGAUAACGAGUUGAAGUCUAUUGUUUCAAACCUAUGGAUGGAGGAGCCAGAGUGUCUUCAAUGGCUCGACACCAAAGAACCCAACUCUGUGGUUUAUGUCAACUUUGGAAGCAUUGCAGUCACCACAAAUGAGCAGCUGAUUGAGUUUGCUUGGGGACUUGCAAAUAGCCAAAAAAACUUUCUAUGGGUGAUUAGGCCAGACCUUGUUAGGGGAGAAUCAGCUGUGGUUCCGGUAGAGUUUUUGGAAGAGACGAAAGACAGGUCUCUAUUGGCACAUUGGUGCCCUCAAGAACAAGUCCUGAGCCACCCAGCGGUAGGAGGGUUCUUGACGCACAGUGGAUGGAAUUCUACACUGGAAAGUUUGUGCGGUGGGGUGCCUCUGAUCUGUUGGUCCUUCUGUGGAGAGCAGCCAACCAAUUGUAGGUACAGCUGCAGAGAAUGGGGCGUAGGGUUGGAGGUAGGGGAUGAUGUGAUAAGAAAUUAUGUGGAGGAGCUGGUGAGAAAGUUGAUGGAGGGAGAGGAGGGCAAAAAGAUGAGGAAGAAAGCCUUGGAAUGGAAGAAGUUGGCAGAGGAGGCUACUACUGGUCCAAAUGGAUCAUCCUUUUUGGAUUUGGAACAAAUGGUUAACAAGGUGCUUCUAUCUUCUAGAAAUUAG